UAUUGUUCUUCACGUACAUAUUCAAAGAACUUCACCAGAAAAAAAUAAAGUAAUUAAAUAAUGGCACUAUUAAGUGUCGAACACUUGGCUGUCUUAUUUGGCCUUUUGGGCAAUCUUGUAUCAUUUCUGGUAUUUUUGGCACCAAUGCCAACAUUUUACACAAUCUGGAAGAAGAAAUCCUCAGAAGGGUUUCAGUCGAUACCUUAUUCCGUGGCGUUCCUUAGUGCUUCUUUGCUACUGUACUACGCUUUUCUUAAGACCAACGCCUAUAUGAUCGUUAGCAUCAAUGGGAUUGGAUGUGUGAUCGAAAUGAUUUACCUCUUAAUAUACAUCACAUAUGCACCUAAGAAGGCUAGGAUGUUCACAAUAAAAUUGGUAGUCCUAUUCAAUUUUGGAGGAAUGGGAUUGGUGAUGUUAGUCUCCUUACUAGCUUAUAAGGGUUCCAAGAGGGUGUCGUUGGUGGGAUGGGCGUGUGCCAUCUUCAACCUUGCUGUAUUUGCUGCUCCUUUAAGUAUCAUGAGACGAGUUAUUCGAACUAAAAGUGUGGAGUUCAUGCCAUUCACCUUAUCCUUCUUCCUCACACUUUGUGCCACAAUGUGGUUCUUCUAUGGUUUUUUCGUCAAAGACUACUACAUCGCUUUGCCAAAUGUUUUGGGAUUUUUAUUCGGAAUUGCUCAAAUGAUCUUGUACUUCAUCUACAAGAAUGCAAAGAAGGAGGUUGAGAGCAAGAAUGUGGAGCUUGAGACAAGCAAGGAUGUUGAGCUUGAGACAAGCAAGGAUGUUGAGAAGAAUUUGGAGCUCAAGGAUCAGGCUGUAGCUGUAGGGGAUAUCCAAAAUGUGAAGAAAUAAAUUAAUUGGAAGAUGGAUAUGGAUAUGGAUGCCCUGUGGAAUAAUACCAAAGUCCCAACUUGAUCAUAUACAUCGUAUAGAUCGAAUUAGCUUAAAGGGAUCAUCUUCCUUUUCAUCAUCUCCCUACUAAAUAAAGCUUCCUAUCUUGUAAUCAAGUUUCCUAAAAAUUUGCAAACUAUUGUAUGAAAGUUGCAAUCAAAGUUCCAAAGAUGGUGAUGUUGCAUCCUAAUUAAGGAGUUUGGUACCAAUUAGGCCUAACUCAUGACAUGCAUACAAAAUAAUGAGAUUAAACAAAAACUUGUAUUAUAUA